AUGUGGGCCUGCGUGUCAAAAUCACGAAGAAACUUAUGGCCCCUGAACUGGCGCAAGAAUGUCCUGCCGAAGUCAUUGCAAUUGGAGUACAUCCGCAGGAAAGAUAUGGCAUUCCCGGCUGUCCACCGGGUUUGCCACAACCACCGGCUGGCCACCCCUGUUGGAGCGAAGGCAUCUGCAGAUUGGACUAUUUACCUUCUUCUGUUAGUAAGUAUUCGCGUCGAGGACCGCGGCGACGACUACACUGGACAAGGACAUUUUGGUGUCUGGCAUUUGGAUCCGUCUGAAGACGAAUUCAAGCUGCGCGUUCGUCGCCGCGGAGAAGUUUACCUGGAUGUAACUCGAGUGCAAUACCCAUUGGCGCCGUGGACUGCAGGCACGUACAAUAAUCAACAAGGAAAGACUGUGCGGAACAUGGGGCAUACUGAGAGGCAUACUGUGGACUUCAAGAAACCAGAUUUCACUCCGGAGGAAUACAUUCAGCAUGUUUAUAUGAUUACAGGUCGGUCCACCUGCUUGCAGCAUUGCUUGUUUCGCAAUUUGCCGAUGCAAGAAGACGGUCAAGACAUCGACUUCAGUUUCGAACAUGGACCACCGGCUUAUAUUGCACAGUUCUUGACUCGUCUGGAGGAGAUGGCUCAGUCCUCGUCGAUGGCAGUGCAAAGCGCGUUGGGACAUUUACCUGGUUUUCCCAGUGCGGCUUUGUUACGGCCUUUGCGCCAAGAUGCGGAUGGAUCCUUCGUGUACGAAAUGGAAGCUUGGUCACAGGCGACGGCUAGGUCUGCGACCACUUCUGCUGGGAGCACGAAACGACCAUGGCCGGGCAGAUCGCAUCCGGAUCGUGAACCGUUUUGCGAGAUGCACAAUUUGCGGUUGCACUCUCUCUCACAAGUCGCUCAUCAGUAUUUACUACGACAGCAUCGCCUGCGGGCUUUCGUUGCAGAUGCCGGUGGAGGAGGCGAUUGCUUUUUCUUGUCGGUGGCCGUGUGUCUUCAGUUGUGGCGCGAGCAGUGCGUUACGUUUCCACCUACCUUGGAAGCACUGCUAGCGGACGGACCGUCGCGCCAAGUUCUGGCACAACGAUUGCGUGACAUCGUAGGCCGCCGUUCUACAGUGGUCACCAAGGCGCUUCGUGGACUUUAUGACCACUUGCUGAUGGAUGAACUUGCUGGUACGUGGUUAGAUCCGUGGAAGAUGUCGCAGGUCAUUGCUGGCACGUGUUUCGCUUUUAUGCAAACUGUGAACGAAUUAACUACUAUCAGUGAAGAUUCCAGAGGCCAUUUAGUUUUGCAAUGUAAGCAUGGAGAAGAGGUUGGUGUGGUGCGCCACAGCAUCAUGAAUGGUAAGGAUGUUUUGGAGAGCUUACAGAGUGUGAUUGCUCGCCAUGUCAGUGAAGCUGGUAACAAGCAUUGGGCCACGCACUGGGAUGUGGAUGUUUUAGCGAAAGAACUGAAAAUAUGUUUCUGCAUCGUGGGCAAUGAACCGGUGAGCGCGCCAGUGAGAGGUGAAGAUCUCCCAGCCAACGGCUUGCAUUCUUAUGCAGCAGCAGUGGAAGACCCUGAGGCUUAUGUAUGUUUGUACAACGUUUCGCAUCAGCAUUUUCAAGUCUUGGUCCUGGAUUUAGACAGUGGGUUUCAAAGCGCAUGCCUACCUCCAGAGCUGCCGACUUCAUUGGCAGAUGCUUUGCGCAAGCGGGCUGUUGUUUCCAUGGUUUGA